AUGUCAUCCGAGCACACAGUAGCCACGGGCCCUGCCACCCAGGACGAGGCUCAAAACAGCCCAGAAACACCUCCAGAGGAGACGAUGACUCCGCCAGAACCGUCACUCCUGGGAAUCCCCGGCGAGCUCCGCAACAUCAUCUACCGCUACGCCCUCCUCCAAGACACCAUGAUCAAAGUCUCCCCCGCAACGCCAUCCCAACCCUCCCUCCUCUGGACGACGCGCCAAAUCCGCACCGAAGCCCUCCCCAUCUUCCUCGCGGAAAAUACCUUCAAAGUGGACGCGUGGGACAUGGAGCUCACGAUCCCGUCCAACUACACCGCGCACUGGCUGUCGAAAAUCGCGUACAAGAACUUCUUCAUCACGAUGCGCGGGAAGAAGGACUGGGGGAAUCUGAAGGGGUGGUUGGGGCGGUAUGCGAGGCAUGAGGUUCCGGGGUUGGCGGCGGGGCAGCCGACGAGCGAGGCGGAGAUUUUGGCGCAGGCGUUUGAGUUGGUGUAUUGUUUGUUGCCGCAUUGUGGGUUUGAGGAGAUGGAGGGGGCGAUUCGGGCUUGGAUUAGGAGUGUGGAGUUGGCGGGGGUGGAGUUUGAUUUUCAGUGA